GGGAGAUUGGCUGUGACUGUGUGUGCUUCAGGAGGCAAUUCUUACCCAAUCCAACUCCACACAUUCUUUCCUUGACGUACAGCUUCUAUUCUUAUAUAUUUCUCAGUCGAUCCUUCCUACCCUCCUUCCCUUUCCCUAUAUUGUUGUUGUUAUUUUGGUCUCAUUCCAAUUACUUUCUUUUUUCUUUGUUUGUACUCGUGCAGACCUCCUUUUCUUCUCUCUUUUCUCUCGGUACAAAUACCGUAGGCAGAGGGCAUUUAUUCCCUUCUCCUUUGCGUUCUCUACUCGUAACCCAUCCUUUCUUUUAUUGACCGAGCGACUACGUCUCCGAAAAUGCGUGCCGCUGGCCUUCUUUCUCUUUUACUCGCAGCGAUUCCCGCUGUUACCGCGGAGCGGGGUACCCUCGGUCUCGCCCUGGGUAACAAGAAUCCUGACGGCACCUGCAAGUCCACUAGCGACUAUGAGGCCGACUUUGACGCGCUCAAGGACCUGACUACCCUCGUCCGCACAUACUCCGCCAAGGAUUGCAACACCGCUGUGAAUAUCGUUCCUGCAGCCAAGAACAAGCAGUUCAAGGUCGUGUUGGGUGUUUGGGCCGAUUAUGACGAAUCCUUCAACAAUGACUUGAAUGUCUUGAAGCAGACUAUUCCCGGAAAUGAAGGUGUUAUUCAUUCCAUCACUGUCGGUUCUGAAACUCUUUACCGCAAAGGCCUUACUGCCCAGCAGCUCCUGGACAAGAUUCGUACUGUCCAGAAUGCGUUCCCCAAGAUAACCGUUGGCACGGUGGAUAGCUGGAAUAUUUUCAACGAUGGUACUGCCGAUCCCAUUAUCCAGGGAGGUGUCACUUACUUCUUGGCCAAUGGCUUCGCCUAUUGGCAAGGAACGGACAUCGACCAUGCCACCGGGACUUAUUGGAAUGACACGAUGCUUGCGAAGAAGCAUAUUGAGAAAAUUGCUGGCGACAACAAGGACAAGAUUAUCUUCGGAAACGGCGAGACUGGUUGGCCCACCGAUGGCGGUUCUGACUAUGGAGCUGCCAAGGCUGGCACUCAGAAUGCUGAAAGGUACUGGAAGGACGCUGUCUGCGCUAUGCUUAAAUGGGGCGUCGAUGUUUUCUACUUUGAGGCUUUCGACGAAUCCUGGAAGCCCACGAGCAUUGGUGACAACGGCGAGGAGAAGGACGAGACCCACUGGGGUCUUUUCACUGCCGACCGCAAGGCCAAGUUUGACUUGACUUGCCCCUAAUUAAACACACUUUCAUUCUUUCUGGCCUCGACGGGGUGUCCGGCCGCCCUCGUUCACUUUGAGAUUCUCCUGUAUCAUAUAUUCAAGCCCUACCUCAACAGGUGAGGAACAUGAACGCGCAUAUUUACGCCAAUAUCUGUGCAUUUUUUUGGAGCACUAUUUUACUAUGAAUCAUGUAAAAGCAAAAGUAUCUGGUAUAACUUCAACUGUAACAAUAGUUCUAUGAGAGUACUGAGUAACCUG